CACGCCGAUCUAAUGCUGCACCACGUAUUGCUGCCAAACCAACCAUGCUGUCAUUCUCGAUUUUGACUCGACCCAGCCACCUCAACGACAGAAACAGGCAUGGCUAAGCGGUUCGGCCUCGAAUCGGGUGCUGCCCUCAUGGCCGAGGGCUCAGAAGUACUGAACAACCACAUCGUGAGCAAGAUGGAGGUGGCACUGGGCAGAGAACUGCCGCAAAUGGACGUGCGCUUCAAGAACCUUUCGCUCUCAGCUGAUAUCGUCGUGGUCGACGACGACGGCUCCAAGUACGAACUCCCGACACUACCUAACACCGUCAAGAAAGCCUUUGUUGGACCCAAGAAGAGAACAGUACGCAAGGAGAUCCUCAAAAACAUCAGUGGCGUCUUUCAACCGGGCAAACUCACGUUGCUACUGGGUCAGCCUGGGUCGGGUAAAUCCGCUCUCAUGAAGGUUCUCAGUGGCCGGUUCCCCAUGGCCAAGAACAUCACACUUGAAGGUGACGUCACCUUUAACAGUGUCAAGCGUGAGCGAAUCCUCAAGACGCUGCCUCAAUUCGCUGCCUACGUGAACCAGCGUGACAAGCACUUCCCCACUCUGACCGUCAAGGAGACGCUGCAGUUCGCCCACACCUUCUGUGGUGGCGAAAUGGCACGUCGUGGCGAGGAGCUGCUCUCCAAAGGUUCACAGCAGCAGAACCUCGAAGCGCUUGAGCUAGCCAAGUCCGUGUUCGACAACUUUCCCGAGAUUAUUCUCCAACAACUCGGACUUAAGAUAUGCCAGGAUACGAUCGUCGGUGACGCCAUGAUGCGCGGUAUCUCUGGUGGUGAACGUAAGCGCGUCACCACUGGAGAGAUGGAGUUCGGUAUGAAGUACGCGUCCUUCAUGGACGAGAUCAGUACGGGUCUCGACAGUGCGGCUACCUUCGACAUCAUUACUACGCAACGUAGUAUCGCUCACCGUCUUCAUAAGAACAUUGUGAUCGCGCUACUGCAGCCGUCGCCCGAAGUCUUCGCUCUCUUCGACGACGUCAUGAUCUUGAACGACGGUGAACUCAUGUACCACGGUCCUUGCGACCGAGUACAGGGCUACUUCGACGGUCUGGGCUUCGCCUGUCCCGUCGGCCGUGACAUUGCCGACUACCUACUUGACCUGGGAACGCAGGAGCAGUACCGGUACCAGACACGGGAGGCCCCGCGUGGCAAACACCCACGUUCUCCUAAGGAGUUCUCUGAGGUCUUUAAGCAGUCUGACAUCCACAUGGACAUGCUCAAUGCACUGGACGCUCCUCAUGAGCCGAAACUACUUGCAACUAUCGAGAAACACAUGAACCCAACUCCGGAAUUCCACCAGGGUUUCCUCGAGAGUACGAUGACGCUAUUCCGUCGCCAACUCAUGAUCACCUACCGUAACAAACCGUUCGUCUUCGGUCGAUUGCUGAUGAUUGGCAUUAUGGGUCUGCUCUACUGCUCGACGUUCUACAAGUUCGAUCCUACCCAAGUGUCGGUGGUCAUGGGUGUGAUCUUCUCGUCCAUUAUGUUCCUGUCCAUGGGACAGUCGUCUCAGGUCCCAACGUAUCUAGCAGAACGUGACAUCUUCUACAAGCAACGCGGUGCUAAUUUCUACCGAACGGCGUCCUAUGUGCUGGCCCAAUCGGUCGGCCAGAUCCCGCUGGCUAUUGCUGAGACCCUUAUUUUCGGGUCGCUGGUGUACUGGAUCUGUAGCUUUGAAGCUGAUUUAUGGCGGUUCGUCAUCUUCCUCGUUAUCCUGUUAGUCAUGAACCUGGCGAUGGGCAUGUGGUUCUUCUUCCUGUCAGCUGUAUGUCCUAAUGGCAACAUCGCGUCUCCAGUGAGCCAGGUCUCCAUCUUGGUUAUGGUUAUCUUCGCUGGUUUCAUCGUCACUGCCGGUACCAUUCCUGACUGGUUGAUCUGGUUGCACUGGAUCAGUCCCAUGUCGUGGGCUCUGCGUGCUCUGUCGAUCAACCAGUACCGAGCGGACAGCUUCAAUGUGUGUGUGUACGGCGGGGUUGACUACUGUACCGAGUACAACGGGCUGACCAUGGGCGAGUACUAUCUGCAGAUGUUCGACAUCCAGACGGACACGGCGUGGGUGGCGUACGGCGUCAUCUACGCGUGUGCAGUGUACGUGGUGUUCUUGCUGCUGUCGUUUCUUGCACUAGAGUACAUUCGCUACGAAACCCCUGAGAACGUGGACGUGUCGGAAGGCCAAGCGGACGAUGACACGUACGCGUUGCUGGAGACACCGAAGAACUCGACCAAGAAACCCUCGGAUGAAGACGUCGUUCUUGAGCUUCCGCGUCACGAGAAGAACUUUGUGCCUGUGACGGUGGCCUUCCAGGAUCUCCACUACUUUGUGCCCAACCCCAAGAAUCCCAAGGAACAGCUCGAGCUCUUGAAGGGUAUCGACGGAUAUGCCUUGCCUGGAUCGAUGACGGCUCUCAUGGGCUCAUCGGGUGCGGGUAAGACGACGUUGAUGGACGUGAUUGCUGCUCGUAAAACAGGCGGCAAGAUCACCGGUAAGAUCCUGCUGAAUGGCUACGAAGCCAGCGACCUCGCUAUCCGUCGUUGCACGGGCUACUGCGAGCAGAUGGACGUACACUCGGAGGCUGCUACCAUUCGUGAGGCCCUCACGUUCAGUUCGUUCCUACGUCAGGACGCCUCAAUCUCGGAUGCUAAGAAAAUCGACUCGGUGAAUGAAUGUAUCGAGCUGCUCGGUCUGGAAGAUAUCGCCGACCAGAUCAUCCGUGGCAGCUCCGUGGAACAGAUGAAGCGCCUGACGAUCGGUGUGGAGCUUGCUGCUCAACCGAGUGUGCUGUUCCUGGACGAACCGACGAGUGGGUUGGACGCUCGCUCUGCUAAGUUGAUCAUGGAUGGCGUCCGCAAAGUGGCCGACUCUGGCCGUACCAUUAUCUGUACGAUCCACCAGCCGUCAUCCGAAGUGUUCUACCUGUUCGACAGCCUAUUGUUGCUGAAGCGUGGUGGUGAGACGGUGUUCUACGGUAACCUGGGCGAAAACUGCCGCAACUUGAUUGACUACUUUGAGAACAUCGCGGGUGUGUCUCCACUACCGGUGGGUUACAACCCGGCCACAUGGAUGCUCGAGUGUAUUGGUGCAGGUGUGAGCAACUCGGCCGCCGACAACAUGGACUUUGUGAGUUACUUCAAGAACAGCCCGUUGUGUGUAAAGCUUCAGGCAGAUUUGGCCAAGGAAGGCGUGACGACCCCGUCGCCCGAGUAUCCGGAGCUGGUGUUCGGAAAGAAACGUGCGGCCAGCUCGGUCACACAGAUGAAGUUUUUGGUCCAGCGCUUCUACGACAUGUACUGGCGCACACCCUCGUACAACUUAACGCGUCUGGUGAUUUCAGUGUUCCUCUCGCUGCUGUUCGGUGUCAUCUUCGUCGGAGUGGACUACGCGUCGUACACGGGCUUGAACUCAGGCGUCGGUAUGGUCUUCAUGGCCUCACUCUUCAACUCGAUGGUCUCGUUCCAGAGCGUUCUACCUUUGGCUUCAGAGGAGCGUGCGUCGUUCUACCGUGAACGCGCGUCGCAGACGUACAACGCCUUCUGGUACUUCAUCGGCUCCACGCUGGUUGAGAUCCCGUACUGCUUCCUUAGUGCGUUGAUCUUCACCGUCAUCUAUUACCCCAUGGUCGGUUUCUCGGGUUUCGCCAACGGUGUUCUCUUCUGGAUCAACCUGUCGCUGUUGAUCACGAUGCAAACGUACUUCGGUCAGUUUUUCUCUUACGCGCUGCCCAGUGAAGAGGUGGCAGCUAUCAUCGGUGUGCUGGUGAACUCGAUCUGUUUCUUGUUCAUGGGCUUCAGUCCCCCGGCGUACGCUAUCCCGUCCGGUUACGAGUGGUUUUACACGAUCUGUCCGCACCGAUUCGCGCUCUCGAACCUCGUAAGUCUUGUCUUCGGACAGUGUUCGGACAUGCCGACGUGGGACGAAGCUACGCAGUCAUACAUGAACGUCGGGUCGGAACUUGGAUGCCAGCCCAUGGCCAACUCGCCGGUCACCGUGGGCCACAUCACGGUCAAGGAGUACGCGGAACAGUACUUCGGCAUGGACUACAGUGACCACUGGAGGAACUUUGGCAUCGUCAUCGCAUGGAUUAUCGGCUUCCGUCUCUUGGGUCUGCUGUCGCUGCGUUACAUCAACCACCAGAAGAGGUAGAGGAAUCGCAAGUUUCCGUUCCUUUGCAGACAGGAGAAAACACGAUACUACAUGUACUACAAACGUUGAAUAAUGUCAUUUUAUCUGCGCUCCGCACAAAAUGUAAGGUCUCUAUUAUACAUAUGCAUGCUUUACUGGCCAAAAUGUUGAUGAUGGCAUUACAAUAUCCAGUGUUAGAGAGAUGUCUCGCAUGUGCCAGUAAUCGGAAACACACAGGUCACGAUCGUAUGACGUGGUGUGUAGUGGUUUUGCUAGACAUUUCCCCCAGAUGGAAAUGACAACGAUUUUGCUCUUGAGAAUGAAGUUACGC